AUCGCGACGCUGGCUUCGAGCAGUCGUCAAAGGGCGCACUUGUUACAAGCACCAAGGCUAAGGAGCAGCUCUGGACGGGCCAAGGGCGGCCAAUCAACGUUGCAACAGCCGGGAUAAGCGUGGGAUCGUGGGACCCCCCGCGAGCUUGACCGCAAAAAUGACGACUGCUACACAAACCUCCUCGUCCUCGUCGUCCACGGCGGCCGCUUCGACGUUCGACAUUGUGCAAGCAUAUCAUGCCCAUCUUAUGCAGAGCUCUGACACUCCCAUGCAGAUCGCCGCCAUCUUGGCGCUUUGCGACAUGGUGUCCCGCUCCGAAGCGGGUACCGUGUCGGAGCUGAUCAUCACAGUGCGACAGGGCUGCGACCGCUUGCGCGAACAGCUAUCGAAUCCGGUGCCUGCGAUUGCAGGUAUGGACUUAUUCCAGCGAUUCGUCAUCAUGCCUAGAAAUUGGGAGGGCCAGAAUGACUUCAUCGCGCAGAAGAACAGCCUCGUCGCGCUUGCAAGGGAGUUUGCGGCGAAUACGGCGCCCAGUUGCCGAGAGCGUAUCACCGAGCUGGCUGUACCGUUCAUUCGAGAUGAUGCUGUCAUCUUGACCCACUCAUAUUCCCGAGUGGUGAUGCAAGUAUUGAUGAAGGCGGCAAAGCGCUACAACAAGCGAAUAAGCGUAUAUGUGACUGAGGCAAGGGCUACAGGACUAGGCAUGAAGACGUACGAGGAACUCACAGCUGCAGGGAUACCCUGUACGGUGAUCCUCGAUUCAGCCGUAGGUUAUAUCAUGUCAAAAGUCGACAUGGUCCUAACAGGUGCAGAAGCUGUUGUGGAAAGUGGCGGAAUUUUGAAUGCCCUGGGGACCUAUCAGAUUGGUCUGAUAGCCAAAGCUGCAAAUAAGCCUUUAUACUCGUGCUGUGAAAGCUUCAAAUUCCUCCGGCUAUUCCCGUUAUCCCAGGAUGAUCUCCCUGUGCCGCACAAGAACACGCUCGGCUUCCCAUCAAGCACCGCAUCUGCACGGCAAGUAAAAAUACCGUCUGGUUCAUUCCGUGAAUCGCCGGCGAUGAGUUCGACUCCAACUGAGACUCAACCGAAACCGCAAGAUGCGCGUGAUGGGCAGCCAUGCUUGAUGACGAAAGAGAUGCUGGAAGCAAAUCCUGCGGUCGACUACACGCCAGCAUCGCUCAUGACCUUCCUCCUUACAGACUAUGGUGCACUGCCUCCCAGUGCGGUCAAUGAUGCAUUGCUCUCGGUGUAUGGAGGGCCAGAUUGAUCUAAUGCAAUAGGAGAAGAGAUGAC